CCCAUCAGCCAGCGGGGCGUGGUGUAAUCCAUGGGCGGAGACCUUCCUCACCCAGGUCCUGGAUAAAGCAGCCUCCGGCUCUCCUGGCAGCUUGUGGGGCCCUGGUCUUCAGGAACAGUGAAAAUGAGUACCUCACAGGACCAGAAUGGCUCCAGUAAGAGAGAACCCCUUCUGAGGUGUCGUGAUGCACAGAGGGACUUGGAGCUUGCCAUUGGUGGAGUUCUCCGGGCUGAACAGCAAAUUAAGGAUAACUUGCGAGAGAUCAAAGCCCAGAUUCACAGCUGCAUAAGCCGUCACUUGGAAUGCCUUCGAAGCCGGGAGGUGUGGUUGUAUGAACAGGUAGAUCUCAUCUAUCAGCUUAAAGAGGAGACACUUCAGCAGCAGGCCCAGCAGCUCUACUGGUUACUGGGCCAGUUCAAUUGUCUUAUUCAUCAACUGGAGUGCACCCAAAACAAAGAUCUAGCCAAUCAAGUGUCCGUGUGCCUGGAGAGACUGGGCAAUUUGACCCUCAAACCUGAAGAUUCGACUGUCCUACUCUUUGAAGCAGACACAACUGCUCUGCGCCAGACCAUCACCACGUUUGGGUCCCUCAAGACCAUCCAAAUUCCUGAGCAGUUGAUGGCUCAUGCUAGCUCAUCCAAUAUUGGGCCCUUCAUGGAGAAAAGAGGAUUUAUCCCAUUGCUAGAGCAGCAGAAGUCAGCAUCCAGCACCACAGCUGUCCCUCUCAGUGAAUGGCUCCUUGGAAGCAAACCGACCAAUGGUCAUCCAGCUCCUUACACACCCAGCACCAAUCUCCAGGACUGGCUCACCCAAAAGCAGACCUUUGAGAGUAGUCAGACUUCCUCCAGAACCUGCAGUGUCUUUAGUAAUGUCUGGGGCAACCUAAAGGGCUUGGAAAACUGGCUCCACAAGAGCCAACAAGAAGUUGUUCCUGAAAAACCAAAUUACGAAAAGGGUAACAGCUGUUCUACCACCAGUUCAUGCUCCAUUGAUACUGACAAGGUUGAAGAUCCAGAGCUUCUUGAUCAAGAUGAGAUGAGUCUUUCUGAUUGGCUGUUGACUGACCAGGACUCUCCAAAGCUGGAGAAGCCUGGGAAUGGCAGCUGUGAAACCAGUGAGAAGUUUAAGCGCCUGUUCCAGGUGUUCCAUGAGUCCUACAAUGUGAAUGAUUGGCUUGUCAAGUCCGAUUCCUGUACCAAUUGUCGGGGCAACCAGCCCAAAGGUGUGGAGAUUGAAAACCUGGGCAAUCUGAAGUGCCUGAAUGACCACAGUGAGGCCAAGAAAACCUUGUCCACUCCCAGCAUGGUUAUUGAGGAUUGGCUUGUCCGGAACCAUCAGGACCCAUAUAAAGUAGAGGAGGUCUGCAAAGCCAAUGAGCCCUGUACAAGCUUUGCAGAGUGUGUGUGUGAUGAAAAUUGUGAGAAGGAAGCCAUGUCUAAGUGGCUGCUGGAGAAAGAAGGAAAGGAUAAAAAUGGUAUGCCUGUGGAACCAAAAUUUGAAUCAGAGAAGCAUCCAGAUUCCCUGAAUAUGUGGCUCUGUCCUUCCAGGAGAGAGGCAGCAGAACAAGCUAAAAUAUCAAAGGCAAUGGCUGCUUCCAAAAUUGCUGAUUCCUUCAAAAUGAUAAGGAACAGUUCCUUGUCAGAGUGGCUCAUCAUACCCUCAUGCAAAGAGGCACAUCCCAAAGAUAGAGCUGGCAAACAAAAGCUUAUGAGUCCGGUGGCCACUUCCUGGUGUCCCUUCAAUACAGCUGACUGGGUCUUGCCAGGAAAGAAGACAGGAAACCUCAGCCAGUUAUCCUCAGGAGAAGACAAGUGGCUACUACGAAAGAAGGCCAAGGAAGUAUUACUUAAUUCACCCCUGCAGGAGGAACAUAACUUCCCCCCAGAACAUAACUAUGCCCUCCCAGCAGUUUGUGAUCUCUUUGCCUGUAUGCAGCUUAAAGUUGAUAAAGAAAAGUGGCUAUAUCGAACUCCUCUACAGAUGUGAAGGAAUGGAGUACUAGAAUCAAGCAACUUUUCUGCAAAUCAUCACAUUUCCAUGAGCCGAGUGACUGCAGCUUGCCAAAUCAUUGUGUUUCUGGGUGUGACCAGCCAGUUUAGUUCCUUUCCUGCCUAAUUUUGAACUAGUGAAGAGAAAUGUCAUCACUUAUGAAUUACUGUGUAAAAGAAAAAGGCUGUUUGUUGAUGCUGAGGUGAUUCAGUUUCUUCUUACAGUUCACCCCUACACUAGAAAGAAACACAGUAUCUUGGUGGAUAUUUCUUUCACAAGUCUCCAUGGCUCCUUAGAUUGUGUUGUUGUUAGUAUAUUCAAACUGUAGUUUUAAAAACGAACGAAAGAAUUCUAUAUUCAAGGUGUUGAUUUAAAGCUAGUCAACUUUCUUAACCUUUUGGUUACCCUUCUUUAGAUGCUUCCCUUGCUGUGGGUUUUUUCCAUUAGUGGUGGAAGUCAUUAUUUCUUCUGUUUAAGUAAUAUAUAGUAUAUUUCACACAAAUAAUUAACCUUGAGAAUAGUGAUUUUUUUUGGGGGGGUAAACCAAAAUGUGUGCCAACAUCUUGGCAAUUUUUGACAUUAAUUACAAAGCAUUUAACCCACAGGUCAGGUUCUACAUUUUCUUUUGUAAGAAAUUAAAGCUACUGUAAAUUUUGUAUUUAUUUCCUUAAGUGUUAUUAAAUUAUCUAGUGAGCUCUUUUAGAAAAGCUCUAAAUUGCUUUAAGAUGAUAUUCUGGGUAAUCCUAACCUAUUUGAAAAUAUUCUGAAGAAAUGCAAGCAAAAGAGCCCCAGUGCCGAUUAGUCAGAGAGCAAAAGGCAAAACAUGUUGGAAAUAUAGUACUUGAACUAUUCAUUAUCCUAAGGUUUGGUUAUUGGUGUAUCCUGUGUAAAUGGAAGUUGAGCUUGACAUUAACACUUGGUGCUUUUAACUAGGGAUAAAUUAAAUGUCCUUACUGCAAGCAGUGUACCUUGUACCUUUACCUCUAAAAGUGCAGUGAGCUGGCUGUUCUGAACACUUGUGCCUUGGGGUGUUUAUUGAAGUUUUAUGAAAACUGGUGUUUUCUCAAAAUUCUUAAAGUCAUGCCCACGAUUUAAAAAGUUUCUCUGUAGGAGAGAGAUGGGAUUUGUUUUUAAAUUCUUUGAUAAGCUGCUUUCCAGGCUUCUAAAUUAAGCCACUCAACUUGCCCUGGUAUAUGGUAUUGGAAAUACUUUAAAGUGUGUGAUGUUAUCAUCUAAAAGCUCCUUUGGGGAAAUUUCCGUCUUAACAGUGCCGUUUGCCAUACAGCUUCAUUGGAAUUCUUGAACCAUGGCUGGAAAAAGCCCUGUAUUAUUUUAUCUCCCCCAGACACCAUUUGGAACUUUAAUAAAGGUGGUGGGUAAAAACGUAAGGAGCCUUUCCCUUAUUUUAGGUUGCAGGAAACUUUGUAGUUUUUGAGGUUUAACACUGUGUAUUCCUACAUUUACAUUAAUCACUUUGCUAAUUAGUAUGUAAAAGUCUUUUGCAUUGAUGCAUUUUGUACUUCCCUCCAUUAAAAGUCUAACAGCCAUA